UCAUGUCUAUUUUCUACUCGUAUUAAACAACUUUUUCUUCCCAUCCAUUGACAAAAUUUCACUACACUUCAUAUUUUACUUAGUUUGCUGAUUACCUCCAUUUUCAAUCCCUCCAAUAAUCAUCUAUUCAUCUCCAUCUUCAUCAUUCUUUCUUUCUUUCUUUCUUUCUAAUGCUCUGUUUAUUUGUCCUUCAAAAUCCUUAACUUUAUAUGUUUUUUGUACAAUUUCCAAGAUGGAUUGAGUGAUCUAGUCAUCAAAAACAUCUGUUCCUCAAAACCCAGGAUUUCGGUUAUAAUUGGAUAAGAUGGAUUCUCCUGUGGCUGGAAACAAUCAUCAGAGUUUAAGCAGAACUAGAACAAUGGAAAAAAGAGAUGAUACAUCUUUGCAUAUUGCUAUAAGGUCAGGGGAUAUAGAUAAAGCUUUAGAGAUUCUUAGUAGCACCGAUGAACAAAAGUUAAACGAGUUAUUGUCGAAAACCAACCAACCAGGCGAAACGCCUCUUUAUGUUGCUGCUGAGUGUGGGCGUGUUGAUUUAGUAAGAGAAAUGAUGAAGUUUUAUGACCUUGAGGCGGCUGGUAUCAAGACGAUGAACGGCCUUGAUGCUUUUCAUAUCGCUGCUAAACAGGGAGAUCUUGAGGUGUUGAAGGUUCUUAUGGAAGCACAAUCUGAGCUUUCGAUGACAUUUGAUCAAACAAACACCACGGCGUUACACACAGCUGCUGAACAAGGCCAUCUUGAGGUGGUCAAAUUCCUUCUAGAGAAAAAUAGCAGCAUGGCCACUAUAGCAAAAAGUAACCUUAAAACAGCAUUACAUUCUUGCGCGCGCAAGGGUCAUUUGGCGGUGAUGAAAGCACUUUUGGAAAAGGUACCGGAAAUAGCCACUAGAGCCGAUAAAAAGGGGCAAACUGCCCUUCAUAUGGCUGCUAAGGGACAGAAUGUUGACAUGAUUAAUGAGCUUUUAGCAGUUGACAACGGACUGAUAAACAUGGUUGAUAAAAAGGAGAACACUGCAUUGCAUAUUGCUACACGAAAGGGUCGUAAAGAGAUUGUUCUGGCUCUGCUAAGUCACAAGGACAUAAUCAAUAAAGAAGCCAUCAACAGAUCUAAAGAAACUGCCCUGGAUACUGCUGAGAAAUUUAUACGAUCUGAAAUUGCAACAACUUUGCGAGAACAUGGAGUCGUCAAUGCAAAGUCAAUAACAAAACCACCACAAAUGACUGCCACUGCCCGAGAACUCAAACAAACUGUGAGUGACAUCAAACACGAAGUCCAUGAUCAACUCGAGCACACUCUUAAAACUCAUAAAAGAGUUAAAGGGAUUGGGAAACGCAUAAACAAGAUGCACCAUGAAAGCCUCAACAAUGCAAUCACUUCCACCACAGUUGUGGCAGUUUUGAUAGCUACUGUGACCUUUGCCGCCAUAUAUCAGCUGCCUGGACAAUACAUUGAUGACAAACACAAUGUCACAAAAGAUUCUACUUUAGGUGAAGCAAACAUAGCUCCCAAUCCCGGGUUCACUGUUUUCUUGAUCUUUGACUCACUUGCCCUUUUUAUAUCACUGGCGGUUGUGGUGGUUCAGACAUCCAUUGUGGUGGUGGAAAGGCGGGCAAAGAAGCAGGUGAUGGCCAUUAUUAAUAAGCUAAUGUGGUUAGCGUGUGUUUUUGUUUCGGUUGCAUUUCUUGCACUCUCGUUUAUUGUAGUGGGAAACGAGAAGUGGUUAGCGGUUGGGGUGACAGUUAUAGGGUCGGUUACAUUGGCUUCAACAAUUGGAACAAUGUGUUAUUGGGUGAUUAUGCAUCGAAUUGAGGCCAAUAAUUUGAGAAGUAUUAGGCGCUCUGCAAGGAGCAGCAAGUCACUCUCUGGAUCCGUGUCUGUACACUCAGAUUCAGAGAAUGAUGAUUUUAAAAAGCUUUAUGCUAUCUGAUUCGAUUGACCCCUUGAAUCAUGAUAUCUGAUUUUUCAAUAUAAACAAGCUAUUCUUCUUGCGUAAAUGCAGAUAAAAUACUACAUUUUGCAAGAAUACGUAGUUUUGGACACAAAAAAAUCGUUUUUCUUUACACUUUCACGGUUUUGAAUAAAAUUCCUAUGUUCUUGCAAGGUAUAGUGUUGUUCAUGGUAUUUUUCACGCGGAAAAUGGUUAGUUUAGAAGGAAGAGUCAAGUAUGAUGGUUCAAAAAUCCGAUCACUGGCUUUAGCCACUUGUUCUUGUACUUUGUAGUUUGUACUAAGUCGGGCGGUCAUCCACAAGUGGGUUCAUAUGUAAAUAGAUUUGCAGGUGAUAUGUAAAGUAGCAGAUAGUUGCCAUACAUACAUGUUUUGAGAUCCUGCUAUAUAUACUAGUUGUACAAUAAGUUUUUGUUCAAAUGAUGUGGACGACAUGUUCAUCAA